UUGUGCAUCAUAAGAUCCUAUAGUACCUUCUACUUCCCAUCCUUAUUCAAAUUUCGUCAAUCCAUUAAUUUUAGCCCAUCCGAAGUAAAAGAACACCCCUUCUUUCGCGAAGUUGAUUGGCAGACUGUGUACCUACGUCGCAUGACUCCACCACUGAUUCCCCCUCGUGGUGAAGUGAAUGCCGCUGAUGCCUUUGAUAUUGGAAACUUCGACGAUGAUGAGGUCAAGGGAGUGAAGGUAAGUAAGCGACAAUAGAG